UUUUAUUGUGCAUUCAGUGGUCCGCUAUUUCAUUUGUAAAAAAAACAUGCUCAGGGGCGGGCAGCAAAGGGAUUUACACAAUAUUUCAGCGUCAAUGUUAGCUAUGGCUAGCGCGCUAACAAAUGUUAGCUUAAUCAUCGGGAGGGGGAGGCUCUUGCAGCGACGGCCAUCACGAAUGUCUUUAUCGCUCAAUCUUGUCUUGAACCAGUUGAGGCUGUGUCUUAUAGUAGCAUCGCGGUGAAAAGAUUAAUUGGUGCCGUCUGCUAGAUAUAUAUCCGCCUAGAGAUACUGUAUCAAACCGAUAAUCAGGCAAGCAUUGUUGUGACUGUAUGCAACAGCUGGUCACUGGGUGUAUGCAGUAUGAAGUACUGAAUAUCAAACAUUUCAACGCUCGAGGGUGUCAGGAUGAAAUUCCCAUGCAGUCCAAUAUGACGCACAUCACCUAGACAGUUUUAAUGCUAGAUGAGUGAGGUGGGUGUGGCUUCCCACCAGCCCGACCAUCCUGACUGACGGAUCUCUGGAUGACCUUGUCCCCACCCCUGUCCCUGCGCUCACAUACACCACAGCAAUGUCACAUCUGCCCAGCAGCUCAGUCCGCGACCAUAUGAAAUGGGCGGGGCUGCUUGGCUGCGAAGCUGUCCUCUCCAGUAUGGCCCUGAUGCAGGCCAGCUCCAUGGCUGCUCCGCCCAAAAAAAUGAUGGCUCCACUUGGCCAUGGACCACCGCAGAGAGAGGGACCUGACCGUGCUCCCCAGAGCCAUAUGAUCCUCCCAUCUGGAAUGAGCUGUCCACCUCUGCUUAUCCGGAAGGAAGGUGAAUUCCAAGCUCCCCGCCUGCUGGAUGAGAAGGAGAUGAGGGCCAACGAGGACAUGCAGCAGAAAAAAAAGAACAGGAAAUCAGUGACGCCCUGUAAAGUGAGAGAACAAGAAGGAAGGGGAGGGAAGGGCACAGGUGGAGAUGAGAAUGGUCCAUCAUCCAAAGUGCAGAAAAACUUUAUUUGUGAUCACUGUUACGGAGCAUUUAGGAGUGGAUACCACCUGAAGAGACAUAUCCUCAUUCACACAGGGGAGAAGCCGUAUGCUUGUGCCGUAUGUGACAUGAGGUUUAUUCAGCGUUACCACCUGGAGAGACACAGCCUCAUUCACACGGGAGUGAAGCCGUACGCUUGUUCCAUGUGUGACAUGAGGUUUUUCCAGCGUUACCACCUGGAGAGACACAGACUCACUCAUACGGGGGUGAAGCCAUACGCUUGCUCCAUGUGUGACAUGAGGUUCUUCCAACGUUACCAUCUGGCAAGACACAGCCUCACUCAUACUGGGGUGAAGCCAUACGCUUGCUCCAUGUGUGACAUGAGAUUUUUCCAACGCUACCACUUGGCGAGACACAGCCUCACUCACACGGGGGUGAAGCCAUAUGCUUGCUCCAUGUGUGACAUGAGAUUUUUCCAGAGAUAUCACCUGGCAAGACACACUCUCACCCAUACGGGGGUGAAGCCAUACGCUUGCUCCAUGUGUGACAUGAGGUUCUUCCAGCGUUACCAUUUGGCAAGACACAGCCUCACUCAUACUGGGGUGAAGCCAUAUGCUUGUACCAUGUGUGACAUGAGGUUUAUACAACGUUACCAACUGGAGAGACACAGUCUUACUCAUACAGGGGUGAAGCCGUACGCUUGCACCAUGUGUGACAAGAGGUUUUUUCAGCGCUACCACCUGGCGAGACACAGCCUCACUCAUAUGGGUGUGAAACCUUAUGCUUGCACCAUGUGUGACAUGAAGUUUUUUCAGCGUUACCACCUGGCGAGACACAGCCUCACUCAUACGGGUGUGAAACCUUAUGCUUGCACCAUGUGUGACAAGAGGUUUUUUCAGCGCUACCACCUGGCGAGACACAGCCUCACUCAUAUGGGUGUGAAACCUUUUGCUUGUACCAUGUGUGACAUGAGGUUUGUUCAGCGUUACCACCUGGCGAGACACAGCCUCACUCAUACGGGUGUGAAACCUUAUGCUUGCACCAUGUGUGACAAGAGGUUUUUUCAGCGCUACCACCUGGCGAGACACAGCCUCACUCAUAUGGGUGUGAAACCUUUUGCUUGUACCAUGUGUGACAUGAGGUUUGUUCAGCGUUACCACCUGGCGAGACACAGCCUCACUCAUACGGGGGUGAAGCCGUAUGCUUGUUCCAUGUGUGACAUGAGGUUUAUUCAGCGUAACCACCUGGAGAGACACAGCCUCACUCAUACGGGAGAGAAGCCAUUUGCUUGUGACAUGUGUGAUAUGAGGUUUAUCCAGCGCUACCACCUUGAGAGACACAAGCGUGUCCAUAGUGGGGAGAAGCCUUACCAGUGUGAACGGUGCCAGCAGAACUUUUCUCGGACAGACCGGCUGUUGCGGCAUCGGCGGUUGUGCCAGGGUCGCAGUGUAGCCAAAGUAGAGAACCAGCCGUGCUGCGAACCACGCCCAUAUCCCCAAGAACCCCCACCCGCACCCCCAACCUGGAGUCCCCUGCAUCCCCCCCCAGGCCGUCUGGCGGUCUGACAUUCCACCUUCCCUUCAUCCACAACACCGCCAGAAACAGGACAAGCCACAGGGUUUCUUCUUCUCAGCUCUGUGCUUAGUGGCGCCACACUCUAGCACAGACUGAUCUUGCAGCUCCAGUCUUGGGAUUACUAAUGACAGAGGGACAUUUGUGUUUUUGUUUCGUUGACUUUUUACUGUGUUUCCUUUUUCUUCCCCAUUUUUUUAAAGACGAGACUUUUCUGUGAUGAACAGUGGUCCUGUUUUGUACUUAAUCUAUUUGAUUUUUGCAAAAAGAAAAAGUUUUUAUUAUUGUUGAAAUAUAUCUGCAUUUGGUGGUACUGGGGAAGGGCAGUGGGUAUUGUUUAUCCUGACAUGUUAGCAACAAAAUGGGAUCAAGUGGUGAGGAAAAGUAUUUGAGCUUCUUUCUCAUUUUUCCUUGUGUGGCCCAUUUUGACGCAAAAGGAUUGUCACUUAGGUCAAAAUUCAUAAAACUGAACUGUCCUUUAAGGUAAAGCAAGGAAACCACUGUGUUGACAUCUCAUAUGGACCAGAUCUUGCUUUGCCUUUUGCAGCUAACAUAGCGUUAAGCAUUAAGACAUUUUGCUGAAAGCAGCAUCUGGUCUACUUUUUAACUCCAACAACAAGAUUUUCCUGACUUGAUCAUCACAGGAGGUACAGUUUUAAUGAUUACUUUGUGUAAAUAAUUGAAAAUGUUUAUUAUUAUUUCACUAUGGGACUUAAGUGGUGAUUUUUUUUUAAUGUACAAAAUGGGCCAAAAAGAAACUGAGAAUCUGAAUUUGGUUCAUAUAUGGUCAGUUACCACUGUUUCAGUGAAAUCAUGAGGAACUUUUGAGUGUGUUUCUAUAUUAAAAAAAAAAAAAAAAAAGUAAUGUCAGACAGUGCUUCAUAACUGUAAACCAGGACUUCCAAGACAUGGACCAAGAGAGGGCCACCUGCAGUUGACUAGUUUCGUGUCAGACAUGAAGGGUCGGGUCACGGGAGUAUCACAUGUGUACCUUGUGCUCUGUGCCGUGCAUGACAUGCUGAUGACUCAGGAAAUGGCAGCCUUAGCGAGUCCUCCUCUUGAGUUGUGCUAUUGUACCGACAGCUGUAUAUAUUUACAGUAUAUAUACAGAGGUCUCCAGUACUCCAGCAGAAAACUGUCUCUCCCAGCUCUGUCCAUAGAUCCUGGUCUAAAAUGGAGCAGGUUGGCCACUUAAAGUCCCAUUAUGUUGUUUGUACAGACUCUCACAUUGUGAGAUUAGUGGGGGUAUACAAAAUCUUGUGGCCUUAGUGUGUUUUUUUUGUUUUUUCAUUUGCCUUUUUCUCAACUGUUUAUUAUUGUGGAUCAGAUGUAUUUGCUAAGACAAGACAGCCUUUCAUCAUCAUGGUUUGUGUUUUGUUUUUGUUUUUUUUAAUUCUAUAGCUGUCAAGGUUACAGAAUGUGGAUGGCUUCAUUGGCGCUAAAACAGACUAACGUGUUGGAGAGAGGUUGUGUUUGCGAUGGUAAUGAAUAUUAUGGAUCGUUGUUACUGAUGACAGUGUAAGACAGUAUAUAAUCCUGAAGGAACCCCUGGGAGUUGGACAGUCCUUGUGAGAAGUCAGUAGUGCUAAGUUGUUUCCCACUGCAGUGCUUUGGCCGGUUGCAGGCCACAGCAGAAUCAGCACUUGCUUGACUCUGCUUCACACUAACAAUUGCCUUUUUUUUUUUUUUUUUUUUUUUUAUCCAAAUAUUAUGUGGUUGGUGUGUAAUAAUGGAUGUCUGUCAUGUCAUUGGGUUUAGCAUUAAGUAAGUGCGGAUACACAAAUAAUCAUUGUAGUACUAAAUGAUAUUGUAACGAACGAUUUCUUUUACCUAUGAUGAACUUUGAUCGUACUGUGUGGAAAAGUCUUUGACGGUCAGACAGCAGAGAGACGGUUGAUCAGAGCCACUGUGCUGCCUGUAGAAGAAUUUCUCAAACUUGACUCCUUUCUGUGACUGGGGAGUUUGUGACGGCACAGUGUUACCCGGACUGUUUUAACCCAGAAAUCAGUGCUGUGCGGGAGGCUUAGUCUACAAGACCGAACAUACGUGUGCAUAGCAAGACAUCACAACUGUUCUUUGAAGCCACGGCGAAUAACAGAUGGCUGAAAACCAUCAAGGGCGAAUUCAGAGGACUGCAGUCUGAUUUGAAAAGAUUUGAAAGACUUGUUUUUUUUUUUUUUUUUUUUAAUUUAAAGGUCCAGAAAAGAUGUAGAGAUGGAAUCCCAGGGUGCUUUAUCUGGUCUUUGAUUUGUAGGAUGAACAGAUGUUUGUGUUUGAUUACAAAUAAGUUGCAGAUUACUAAGCUAAGUGAUUUUUUUUCUUAACCUAGAAGUAUUAUUGGGAAGAAUUCUUUAUAUGGUCCAUUGAUAACAAGAAAAUGUUGUGUGACAGUUUAAGUGUGUACAGAGAGGGGAUUCAGUUUUAAGUGACACGAAAGGAUAAAGUAAAACCCAGUGGCAUUAAAGGGGCCAAGUUUGAGAAAUGCAUUAACUUACUCUGGAAACACUAUUCCAAAUCUGUGGAAGGGAUACUGCUGGCACGAGCACAUUCUGAAAAUGGCUAAAGGGCAAUACGGUAUAUAGUUGACGUCACUUGUUAAUACCUUUUUGUCAUUUAUUGUUUUUUAGUAUUAUCAGUCUCAUUGUUAAAAUGCAAUAGAAUCCUUGAGUCUCAGAUCAUUUGUUUAUAAGAUUGAGGUUUAAUUUUUUUCAGACAGAUCAAAGGAUUUAUUUGCCUGAGAAUUUCUCAUCACAUUUUGAUGAUUGUUUCAAGGACCUUUUUUUUUAUUAUUCUGAUGAAAUUGUAAACACUGGAGUGAAAGGAAAAAAAAAAGACAAAAAAGAGAGAUGGAUAUUUUUUUCCUUCAGACUGUACUAGAUUUUAGGUUUUAGACAAAGCCUAUUUCUCCUCAACUUGACACGGAAAGUGGACAGAACAAUUUGGAUCAGUACAGUUGAGAGCCCAGUAUGUUCCGUAAUUUUAACAUUAGAGGCAGUAGUACCACAAGAAAAUGUUUUCUUUCUUAUACAAAGUCCCUGGUAUUUGUAGUAAAUUAUAUUGAUAAUGGUAUUAGAUGAACAACAGCAUAACAGUAGCUAUCACAGAUUAGUUGUUUUCUUUAUUAGUCUUGCAUGCAGAGUUAUGGUCCUCAGUUAAGAUAGGAUCUUGAUAUUGAUUAUUUUGUGUAGGAAAAUGAGUGCAUAAGAAUAACUUCCUAAAAAAAAUGUUACAAUGAUUAUUGUAAAAUGGGCUAACUAAUAUGUACCCUUGUGAUCCAAUUAGUUUCAACUGUAUGAAAAUCAGAGGAGAGGCUUCUUACUAUUAUGCUGAAAUAAAAGAAUUUGUAAAGGA